GCAGCCCAACCCAACCCCACCAAAACCCGCACCACCCCCCAUCAUCCGCUCCACCCCCCCGCAGUCUGGUCUCCCCACCUGGUCAAACCACUCCCCCCCACCCCCACCACCAUGCCUCCCUCGCCGCCUCCCCUCCUCCUCCUCCUCGCGGUCCUCCUCGCAGCCGCGCCGGCGGCGGCGCAGUCGGCGACGCCCCGGGAGGACGACGUGCGGUGCCUCAAGGAGGUGAAGGCCGAGCUCCGGGACCCGGACGGGCGCCUCUCGGCGUGGAGCUUCGGCAACACCUCGGCGGGAGCCCUGUGCCUGCUGUCGGGGGUGUCGUGCUGGAACCCGCAGGAGUCGCGCAUCAUCGGCCUCUCGCUCUCCGGGUUCGGCCUCCAGGGCGGGAUCCCCUCCGCGCUGCAGUUCUGCAGCGCCGCCACCACGCUCGACCUCUCCAACAACGCGCUGGUGGGGGUUAUCCCGCCCGCGCUCUGCGACUGGAUCCCGUUCGUCGUCAACCUCGACCUCUCCGGGAACCAGCUCUCCGGCCAGCUCCCCAGCGAGCUCGCCAACUGCCGCUUCCUCAACUCGCUCAAGCUCUCCGGCAACUCCUUCUCCGGCCAGAUCCCCGACUCCCUCGGCCGCCUCGACCGCCUCAAGUCGCUCGACCUCUCCGACAACAGGCUCGACGGCCAGAUCCCGCCCCAGCUCGCCACGUUCGGGAAGGACUCCUUCGCCGGUAACAAGGGCCUGUGCGGCCGCCCCGUGUCCUCGCGAUGCGGCCGCGCGCUGAGCGGCGCGGGCCUCGGCAUCGUCAUCGCCGCGGGGGUGUUCGGAGCCGCCGCGUCGCUGCUCCUCGCCUUCUUCUUCUGGCGUUGCACCGGGAAGAGCAAGGGCGGUCGCCGCCGCCGCCGCGGAGGGAGCGAGUCCGGCGGCGGCUCCGCGGAGGACGGGAGCUGGUGGGCGGAGCGGCUGCGGGCGGCGCACAACCGGCUGGCGCCCGUCUCGCUGUUCCAGAAGCCGAUCGUCAAGGUCAAGCUCGCCGACCUGAUGGCGGCCACCCAGGACUUCAGCACGAGCCACAUCGUGGUGGCCGGGAGCUCGCGGGCGGGGACGGCGUACCGAGCCGUGCUGCGCGACGGCUCCGCUCUGACGGUGAAGCGGCUCCACUCGUGCCCGUUGUCGGAGAAGGCGUUCCGGGCAGAGAUGGGACGGGUUGGGCAGCUGCGGCACCCUAACAUCGUGCCGCUGCUGGGGUUCUGUGUCGUUGAGGAUGAGCGGCUGCUUGUGUACAAGCAUAUGGAGAGUGGAGCUCUUUCUUCGGUGAUGAAGGAGCCAGGGGAGGCACCGCUGGAUUGGGCGACACGGCUUCGGAUUGCUGUCGGGGCGGCACGCGGUCUUGCUUGGCUGCACCAUGGGUUCCAAGUUCCGCAAAUUCACCAGAAUUUGAGCUCAAGUGCAGUGCUUCUGGAUGAGGACUAUGAAGCUCGGUUCACAGAUGUUGGGCUUACAAGGCUGGUCCGAAUGGCACCAGGCGAGGGUGGAGAUACAAGCCCCUUCCUGAAUGGGGACUUCGGGGAGUAUGGGUAUGUCGCCCCAGAGUGUGCUAGCAAUCCAGUUGCUACCAUGAAGGGUGAUGUGUAUGCAUUUGGUGUGAUACUGCUCGAGCUCGUGAGUGGGCAGGAGGCUGCCACUGUAACGGGUGAUGCGGCAGGUGAAGGAUUCAAGGGGACAUUGGUGGAUUGGGUAAAUCAGCUUAAGGCCUCCGGCCGGAUCGGUGAUGCUGUUCAUAAAUCAUUGCGUGGGAAUGGCCAUGAUUCAGAGAUUGAUGAGUUUGUGAAGAUAGCUUUUGCGUGUAUCAUGGUUCACCCGAGGGAGAGGUUCUCAAUGUACCGGGUUUACCACUCUCUGAAGAGCAUUGGACAGGGUCGUGAUGUCUCAGAGCAAUUUGAUGAGUUCCCGCUGGCCUAUAACAAGGAUGAAUCAGAUACCAUGUAACUAAUGGUGGUGGUCUUGCUUGGGAUUGUGAACCGCCCUCGGUCAGGCUCAAUGGAUGCUUCUUUGUGUAGUCCUGCUACUUGAAUUGAUGAAGAGCAUGCUGAGGCAACCAUAUUGGCAUGAUAAUUAUUGCUGGAUGAUCAAUUCGAUGCUUGCCUCAUCUCCUGUCGAGAUAAUCGUGUAAGCUGUAAGAUUUUAGUCUGUAUUGUCUUUUUACAUUAUUGCUAGCGCUUGUAGUAUCUCGCUUUAUGCCUAAAUUCUGAUAUGACCUUCCUUCUUGGAACAACUUGCCUCCUUCCCCAAUCUCCUAAGAACAAUAUUGGCAGUGAACAAAAUUAAUCUUGACCAAUUUAUCUAAAGUUUACAGGAAUGUUUCGCUCUGUCAUGUACUCAUGUCCUUGAAACCUUUUUCAAGUAGCAUGUUAUAUCAUUUGCCAUCUUCUCUUUGUGAAUUUUCUUGAUGAUACCAUGUACCUUAUUCACAUCCACUUAAACAAUGCUGUAUAAACAUGAUUUAUCAUAGUUACUAUUAA